AUGCAUCCAGGUGUGAUUACUGUGGCUGGAUUCACUGCUAGUUUGAGGAGAGAAUAUGGGGAGAACGUGGGGCACUCCACACUCUCUUCAUGCAUCCAGAGAUUGUGUGAGCCCCUGAAAUGUGUGUGUUCAGGGCAGCUUGGAUGUGACCAUCGCUCAGUCGUGUCCAACUCUUUGCAACCCCAUAACUGUACAGUCCAUGGGAUUCUCCAGGCCAGAAUCCUGGAGUGGGUAGCCUCUCCCUUCUCCAGGGGAUCUUCCCAACCCAGGGACCGGACCCAGGUCUCCCAUAUUGCAGGCAAAUUCUUUACCAGCUGA